CGUUAAGUUGCCUCGUGUUUUGCUACUAGUGGAGCAAUUGCCCUUUGACUCCAUCUAUGGACCAGGCGAAAAUCUGGGGUCGAAGUCUGUGUGUGUGAUGUGGAGUCUAAGUUCGGACUAAAAUGUUCGCAUCUAACAGCAGGGGACUAGCAUUGCAGCUUUCUAAUCAUCUGAAGAGGCUACAGAGCACUUUGGUGCUAGCUGAGCACAACAAUGAAAAGUUGAUACCAAUAACACAGAAUGCCAUAAGUGCAGCAAAAAAGAUUGGUGGAGAUAUUUCAGUUCUUGUAGCUGGAACAAAAUGUGCCCCGGUUGCUGCACAGCUUUCAAAAGCAUCAGGGGUGUCGAAGAUUCUCCUUGCAGAAAAUGAUGCUUUUCUGGGAUUCACCCCAGAAACUCUGACUCCACUUGUGUUGGCAACACAGAAGCAGUUCAACUUUUCACAUAUUGUAGCUGGUGCUAGUGCUUUUGGCAAGUCUGUCCUUCCUCGCAUUGCAGCAAAGCUUAAUGUGUCGCCUAUUACAGAUAUCAUUGAUGUGAAGGCACCUGACACUUUCGUAAGGACAAUAUAUGCAGGAAAUGCUAUCCUCACAUUGAAGUCAAAGGAUCCUGUUAAAGUCGUCACAAUUAGGGGGACGAAUUUUGAACCAGCACCUCUUGAGGGUGGCAGUGCUUCUACUGAACAAGCUGCUGCAGGAGACUACAAAACUGACCUAGUACAGUUCGUUGGACAAGAAUUAAGCAAGAGUGACAGGCCAGAACUCACUAGUGCCAAGGUGGUUGUAAGUGGCGGCCGAGGUAUGAAGUCUGGAGACAACUUCAAGCUUCUGUAUGAUCUUGCUGACAAGCUCAAUGCAGCAGUAGGUGCAUCUCGAGCUGCUGUUGAUGCAGGAUUUGUUCCAAAUGAUCUACAAGUUGGUCAAACAGGAAAAAUUGUAGCACCAGAGCUGUACAUAGCAGUGGGUAUAUCGGGUGCCAUCCAGCAUUUAGCAGGUAUGAAGGAUUCAAAAACAAUCGUCGCUAUAAAUAAGGAUCCGGAAGCUCCAAUAUUCCAAGUGGCUGAUUACGGAUUAGUUGCUGACCUCUUUAAAGUUGUACCUGAACUUACUUCUAAACUUUGAGUUUGUAUUUUUUAUAUUUAAGUAAGUUUAUUUUUAUAAUCUGAAGCCAAAUCACAAUAUUUCACAUUUUUAUACGUCGUCAUUAUGUUAUUUCAUAAACAAUGCCUCUUAAGACAUUGUGGUCCUAAGUAUUUUUUUUGUUAUGAGGAAAUGAAUGUACCACAAAAUUUAAUAAAUAUCUGCCAUGCAUUGCUGGUUCUGUUA